AUGGACGAAUUCGAGCUGGAGGAUAACCUAGAGUUCAUCCUCCAGAGCAUCCAGGAGCUCAUAGAGGAUCAGGGGGACAACAAUCCCUUCGGCGAGGUCAACCAGAAUGAGCUCCUCGCCAACCUCGUCAACUAUGACCAGGAUAACUUGAUGCCGGACGUGUCCGCGGAGGACGUAGUGAACGGGAAGGACGUGCAGGGGAUUCCGUGGGAAAAGAUGCUGUUCCCGAGGGAUCAGUACCGGGAGAUGAAGAUGAAGGGCUACAAGAACUAUCAGAACCUCAGUUAUGCCCGGGAGGACGCUUUGCAGGAUUGCAAACAAGUUGAGAGGGACGGCCCUUACUACGAUUUUCAGUACAACACGAGGCGUGCGCGACCAUCAAUUGUGCAUUUUCAGUUGCAGUUGAGGAAUUUGGUCUGGGCAACAACCAAGCAUGAUGUUUAUACAGUACACAAUCAAUCAAUGACACACUGGUCAUCACUAAACCAGAUAAGCACUGAGCUAAUCAAUGGUGAUGAUUGCAUUAUACCAAAACAGAGAGGGCAUGGUUCACAAUCUGUCUCAAUGGUCCAGUUCACAACUAUGGCUGUAGAUAAUGAUUUAUUGGUAGUUGGUGGUUUCCAUGGAGAGCUUAUAUGCAAGCGUCUGGAGGAUGAUGGGAUAGUUUUCAGCACGAGAGUUACAGAUGAUGAGAAUGCUAUAACCAACUCUUUAGAGAUAUACCAGGAUCCCAAUGGAUCAAGACGGUUGGUGGUUGCUAAUAAUGACUGCUCUGUCAGAAUUUUUGAUACCAAGUAUUUUGACCUACUUAAUCACUAUGUUUUCCCAUGGUCUGUGAAUAGUGUUUCGGUUAACCCUGAUGGAACACUUUUUGCUGUCCUUGGUGAUCACGAGGAUGGCUUGGUAGUGGAUCCCAAGUGUGGCAAGCCGAUUGGUAAAGUUAGAGGCCAUCUGGAUUACUCAUUCUCAUCUGCGUGGCACCCAGACGGCAAUAUAUUGGCUACCGGGAGUCAAGACACAACAUGUCGGCUGUGGGACAUUAGAAACCUAUCACAAUCCUUGGCUAUCCUUGGUGGAAGGCUAGGCUCAAUACGUUGUAUCAAAUUCUCUUCAGAUGGCCGCUUUUUGGCAACAGCAGAGCCUAUAGAUUUCGUUCACAUCUAUGAUUGUUUUGCCGAUUAUGGCAAAGCUCAUGAGAUUGACUUUUUUGGUGAAAUAGCUGGUUUGUCAUUCAGCCCAGACACAGAGGCCUUCUAUAUUGGCGUAGCAGACCAAACAUAUGGAGGCCUCAUGGAGUUCAAGAGGAGGCACCAGCAUCAUUACUUGAACUGCCUGUGGUGA